UUGUUCCCGUGUCGAAGAAGCUGCGCACAACAGACAUGGCGGACUGGAACGCUUACGGAACAGCGAUGUUGAACUUGAGGAGUGUCCCAUAACACUCUCGCUCCAGAGUUGCUUUUUGAAGUCGUCACCGUUUCCUCGGUCUGCGUGACCAUGGCUCACCGCUACCUUCGCUUGUCGGUGGGCUGCUGCAAGGUGCUGCGACUUCUCGUAGCUCCUUCGCCCGCCACCAGCGGGCUGCUGGCGACAAGACGGCUGGCGAGUGAGCGGACUUUGUUGAGUGAGCUGAUGUUGGCCUGUCGGAGUCUGACCUCCAGACCCCCCAAAGGCUUUGAGAAGUAUUUUCCCGACAGUGGAAAGAAUUCCAAGAAAGCUCAUUCACCAGACAAAGACGACAAAGCUGACGACGCUCCGCCAGAGGUGGGGCCAUCCGGAGGGGGCGGGGCGGGAGGAGGCGAUGGAAAACGAGGAGGCGAUGGAAAACGAGGAGGACGGAAGGAGUCGAACUGGUACAGCCGUCUGCAGAAGGGUGACAUUCCCUGGGAUGAGAAGGAGUUCCGCAUGUCCCUAUUGAGCGGCGUGGCCUUCUGGACCGCCGUGGCCUAUUACUUCCUGUUCAGGGACGGAAGCCGAGAGGUCACCUGGAAGGACUUUGUCAACAACAUCUUGUCCAAAGGCGUGGUGGAUAGGCUGGAGGUGGUGAACAAGCGCUACGUUAAAGUGGUCUUCUCUCCCGGGAAGAUGCCCGUGGACGGGCAGUACGUGUGGUUCAACAUCGGCAGUGUGGACACCUUUGAGAGGAACCUGGAGAAUGCCCAAUACGAACUGGGCAUCGAGGGCGAGAGCCGCGUGCCCGUGGUCUACGCCACAGAGAGCGACGGGACCUUCCUCCUGAGCAUGCUGCCCACCGCCCUCAUCAUCGGCUUCCUGCUCUUCAUGCUGCGGCGAGGCCCGGCGGGGGCGGGACGGCCUGGCCGCGGCGGCAUGGGCGGCUUGUUCAGCGUCAGCGAGACCACCGCCAAGAUCCUCAAGGACGAAAUCGACGUCAAGUUCAAAGAUGUGGCCGGCUGCGAGGAGGCCAAGCUGGAGAUCAUGGAGUUUGUCAACUUUCUGAAGAACCCCAAACAGUACGAGGACCUCGGCGCCAAGAUCCCCAAGGGCGCCAUCCUGACGGGGCCUCCUGGUACGGGGAAGACCCUCCUGGCAAAGGCCACGGCGGGCGAGGCCAACGUUCCCUUCAUUACCGUCAACGGCUCCGAGUUCCUGGAGAUGUUUGUGGGCGUGGGCCCGGCCCGGGUCCGGGAUCUGUUCGUCAUGGCCAGGAAGAACGCGCCCUGCAUCCUCUUCAUCGACGAGAUCGACGCGGUGGGACGCAAGCGGGGGCGGGGCAACUUCGGGGGGCAGAGCGAGCAGGAGAACACCUUGAACCAGCUGCUGGUGGAGAUGGACGGGUUUAACACGGCAACCAAUGUGGUGGUUUUGGCGGGAACCAAUCGGGCGGACAUCUUGGACCCGGCGCUACUGAGGCCGGGACGCUUUGACAGGCAAAUUUACAUCGGUCCUCCCGACAUCAAAGGGCGAGUGUCCAUCUUUAAAGUCCACCUUCGACCUCUCAAGUUGGACUCGGUCACAAAUAGAGAUGCCUUGGCCCGCAAAAUGGCAGCGCUCACGCCUGGUUUCUCAGGUGCGGACAUUGCCAACGUUUGCAACGAGGCGGCCCUCAUUGCUGCACGGCAUUUGUGCAACGCCAUCCAGCAGAAGCACUUUGAGCAGGCCAUCGAGAGGGUCAUCGGAGGCCUGGAAAAGAAGACGCAGGUCCUCCAGCCUGACGAGAAGAAGACGGUGGCCUAUCACGAGGCGGGACACGCCGUUGCCGGCUGGUUCCUGGAGCACGCCGACCCGCUGCUGAAGGUGUCCAUCAUCCCCCGGGGCCGCGGCCUGGGCUAUGCGCAGUACCUCCCCAGGGAGCAGUUCCUGUACACCACGGAGCAGCUGCUGGACCGCAUGUGCAUGACACUAGGCGGUCGCGUGGCCGAGGAGAUCUUCUUCGGCAGAAUCACCACAGGCGCUCAGGACGACCUGCGCAAGGUCACCCAGAGCGCCUAUGCGCAGAUCGUGCAGUUCGGCAUGAACGCCAAGGUGGGCCAGGUGUCCUUCGAACUCCCCCGGCAGGGCGAGAUGGUUCUGGAGAAGCCGUACAGCGAGGCCACGGCACGCCUCAUCGACGCCGAGGUCCGAGACCUCAUCGCAGAUGCCUACCGCAGAACUCUGAGCCUGCUGAGUGACAAGAAGGCUGAGGUGGAGAAGGUGGCGCUGCGACUGCUGGAGAAGGAGGUUCUGGACAAGAAUGACAUGGUGGAGCUGCUGGGAAAACGACCUUUCUCUGAGAAGUCCACGUACGAAGAGCUGGUGGAGGGCACAGGCGGCGAGACCGAGGACACCGCGUUGCCUGCCGGCCUCAAGGACUGGAACCGCGAGAGGAAGGACAAGGAGGAGAGCCCGGAUGAGCAAGUGGCCCGCCAGAUUUCUGGAGGGAUGCCCUUCUAGAUAAACCCGUUGCCAGAGUCUCCAGAUGUGACCGCUCCUGAGGAGGUGGAAGCGACAGUGGCACUCGAUUUUAUUUAUAAAGCUCGAUGAGCACCACGCUAAUGCCAAAUGCUA